CCGAUGGCCUGUUUGGCGGGCAGCGUGGGUGGUGUGAGGGAUCCCAUGCUGCAGACGCAGAUGCGUGUUGUAUGGAGGAGACAUCUAGGCUUGCUUGGUUUCAACGACAUGUACUUUGCCGAGCAGUCCCGUUCGGGACUGCUCUUUGCGGGGAAUCGGGGAUGCGAGCUCGCUUACUCGCGGCGGAGUGCCAGUUAGUUGGAGCACCAUGUCAUGAUGGCCCCAGAGAUUGACGGAAUGCUCAGAAUCCACAUUGUGAGGGGAUACCAGGUAAAAGCCCCCCUAGAUCUGAGUAUUUCCUCAACCUGAAGAGGAAAUCCCAUCAUUGCGCCAUGACUCAGUCAAUCAGUCCUCAAGAGCUCCGACGACAUUGGAUCACUCACAACGAGAUCGCCCUCCUGGACGUCCGCGAGGAAGGGCCCUACUCCAUCUCACACCCCCUUUGGGCCCUCAGUUUGCCAGUCUCCGAAAUCGAGGUCAAGCUGCCCUCCCUGGUCCCUCGACUGUCGGCGCCCAUCGUCGUCUAUGACGCUGGCGAGGGCUACGUGGAACGCGCCGUCGCUCGCAUCAAGGCUCUGGGCUACCAAGAUGUCGCCAUCCUGGAAGGGGGUCUAUCUGCCUAUGCAAAAGUGGGCGAGGUCUAUCGCGACGUCAAUGUCCCAUCCAAGGCCUUUGGCGAGCUUGUCGAGGCCAUUCGACAGACACCAUCCAUUUCUGCCGAGGAUGCAGACAAGCUUCUGGCGAGCAAUGACAAUGUCGUCGUGCUAGACGCCAGGAGAUACGAGGAGUACCAUACCAUGAGUAUCCCGCAUGGCCGCAGUUGUCCCGGUGGCGAGCUCCUCUAUCGCAUCUUUGAGGCUGCGCCCUCCCCCGAUACCACAGUAAUCGUGAACUGCGCGGGCCGCACACGGGGACUCGUGGGUACGCAGUCUCUGAUGAAUUCCGGGGUGCCAAAUAAGGUGAUGGCGCUACGGAAUGGCACCAUUGGGUGGACGCUGGGUGGAUUGCAACUCGAUCAGAACAAGGCUGUCCGAGUUCCUUUGCCCUCGCAAGAAGCUGGCGUGAAGGCACGCCACCAUGCUGAAGCCUGGGCGAAGCACGUGGGUGUGCCGAUCAUCGAUGCCGAUGAGCUGUCACAACUUGUCCGAAACAGGGCCUCUCGGUCGUUGUACCUACUGGACGUGAGGGAUCCGGAGGAAUACGCGAGCGGCCAUGUCAAGGGCUUCACUUUAGCGCCUGGCGGGCAGCUGGUCCAGGCUACAGAUGAAUGGGUUGGUGUUCGAGGGGGGCAGAUCGUGCUCUACGAUACGGACGGGGUGAGGGCCCGGAUAACAGCUACAUGGCUCCUUCAGCUUGGCUGGGAGGUCUAUGUCCUGAGUGAUUUGUCCUCAGUACCAGAUAUCCUCCCACACCUAGAAGCACCCUCUUGGCGGGCACCAGAGCUUCCAAGUGUCACAGUGGAUGAGAUUACAAGCAUGGACAAUGUGACAGUCGUCGAUCUCGCACGGAGUCCAGCCUACAAAAAAGGCCACAUCCAAGGUUCAUGGUUUGCCUCGGGUCCAGAGCUUGUGCGCGACCUCAAUAGCCUGCAGGAUGCCAAGGAGAAUAUGGUUGUCUUGACUUCUCCGGACGGAAAUAUUGCCGCCGCAAAUGUGCAGCAUGCAAGAGACAUGAUCGGUCGGCAAAUCUCAUAUCUAGUGGGCGGAACGCAGGCUUGGGUGGCAGCUGGGAGACCUCUGGAAACAGAGUCUCGCUGGCUCUCCCAACCGAUUGAUGUGUACAAGAGGCCGUACGAGGGGACCAGCAACGCGCGCGAGGAUAUGCAGGCGUACAUUGACUGGGAACAUCAGCUCGUUGCGCAGCUUGCCAACGACGGGGUGGCCUGCUUCCAUGUGAGGCGAGGGAUGGGUGAUGGUGGGGAUUAGGUUUGAUUGAUUGAUAUCACGUAU